GAGCCCAGGCAGUCACAGUGUCAGCUGACACGUUGCUACUUGGCUCUUUGUGACCGUGUGGUUAGGAUCGUCCGGGAAGCGAACUGUACCGGUGCUGGUCAGUGCCAGUUCAGCUCGGUGAACCCCGAGGUUCCCAGCUUGAGUUGCAAACUGGGCCGAGGGCGGAGAGAAGAUCGUGCCGAAGGUGCACUUGUUAGUGGUGAAGUUGGUUGCAAGACCUGCGGCGCAGGGAGGAUCCAGAUCGACACUUUCAACAAGACUGUGCCGAAUGCUGCCUGUGUCAAAUGCCCGGGUGGAGCCCGGUUGUGCAAGGCCAACAAGGUGGUGAUGCAAAGAGGCUACAUGGUCUCGCAGAGCAACCUGAGCCGGCACUACCAUUGUCCGAACAAGUUUGCCUGCCCCGGCGGAGACUUGCCGGAGGCUGAGACGAAGAUGUGCGCCGAGGGCUACUAUGGCUUGGGCUGCACGAACUGUCUGGACAGCCACGGGCCUGUCGACAACACUGUGCUGUCAUGCACGCUGUGCCCCACCACCAAGUCCACCUGGGCUUGGCAAGUGUUCUUCUGCAUUGCAAAAGAUAUUGUGAUCUUUGUGCUGGCCAUCUCGGGUGUCAUGCAGGCUAGCGAGGAGGGGAAGCCUUCCACGGUGCUUUUAAACCAGCUGAUGUCUUUCUCGACAGUUGCAGGCACGGCACUUUCCGCAGUCAAGCAGACCAGCAGCUUCGGGAAGCUGAGCAACCACAUUCAGAGCAUGCUCGUAAGCUCGGGCAUGAUGGUGGACGUGGUGCAAGGG